CAAUCUCGCAUCUUAGGUAUAAACUACAUAUCCCAUGAUGCCGUGGGCUUCCCCAUGUGCGAGUGGUAGCCGUUUGAACAUGUCUGUGUUUAUGGAUUUAAAUUUGAUCAUCACGGCGGAUAAGAGCACCCUGCAGAGUCUGAUAGAAACAGCAGCUCAUCUUGGAUUCUCUGCUGUGGCUUUGAACUACGUGUUUGAUCCCACCAACAAAAAGAAACAGGAAAUCCCCAAACCAACUGCCAUCAGUGAGCUGAUCCCUCAGAUGCCUAUUGUGCAGGGUCGGUCUCGGCCAAUCAGAGUGCUGAACAGACUGACCAUUGUGGUUUCGGACUCCAGUCACUUUAGGCGGAAUGCUCCAGAGUAUCGCUGCUUCGACUUGCUUGCUGUCCAGCCGAUGACGGAGAAACUUUUCCACGCGGCCUGCAUGACCUUUGACAUCGACAUAAUCUGUGUUGCAGUGAUGGAAAAGUGUCCGAUGUUCUACAAGAGGGCUCCAGUCAAUGGGGCAAUAGAGCGUGGCGUGGUGUUUGAGGUCACGUACGCCGCCGCCAUCAGAGACGCCACCAUGAGGCGCUACACCAUCACCAACGCCGUGUGUUUGAUGGAGAGCUGUAAAGGAAAGAAUGUGAUCAUGUCCAGUGCAGCGGAGAAGCCUCUGGAGCUCCGAGGUCCAUAUGACAUCACCAACCUAGGUUUGCUAUUCGGUUUGUCAGAUGCAGUUGCAAAAGAAGCCGUUUCGUCCACCUGUAGAUCAGUGCUUCUUCAUGCAGAAACAAGGAAGACAGCCAGUGGCGUCAUCCGUACCAUGAAGUCCUCCAUUGAUUCCUCCUGCCAGCAGGGGGCUCCAGCUCACACUGCAGAGCGUGAAGCUCCUCCUGCCAAAAGAGCCAAACCACACCCCCUGACUGAGUGAUUGACAGCCGCCUUUUGGGCUUUUGGCUGAUUCUUUUGUUAUUGUGUUUUUUGUGUUUUUUUUUUUUUUUUUUACUUUAAAUAAACUGCUGUUUGUUGAUAGCGGUGGUUUUCUCUCUGGCCUUGCAGCUAAAAUUUUGUGGGUUCAGUGUCCCACUUCCUUUCUGUGUGGAUUUUGCGUGUUCUCCUCUCGGCUUUCCUUCAAAUAUCAUUAGGUUCUUUCUCCUUAUAGACUUUCAGACAUCUAGAGAAUUUUCUGAGCUGCUAACAACAGUAGAAAGAUGAGAACAACACUU